UUGGCUGUUAUUUUUGUUCGUUUUAGUGUUGCUAAAUUUUUACAUCAGCCACAUUCCGUUCAGUGCACAUCGUUGACAGUUUUUGGUGAUAGUUUUUCGGAUGACGGAAUAGAAGUUGGCGAAAAUUCACAUGGUUUUAACCGAAAUUCUAAUGGUCCUGUUUGGCCAGAAUAUUUAAGUCGUUUUUUGGGUUGUGAAAAGUACCUAAACUAUGCACAUAGCGGUGCUAAAAGUAAUCAAGACAAUGUCUAUUUUGCUGGUUGGUCUGGACUAUUAUGGCAGGUGGAAACAUUUUUAACCACAAAUCCAUCUGUUCCAACAGAAGCUGCCGAUCAGACAAAAGUUAUUGAAAAUAUUGCCACAGCUGUUGAGCAACUAAGUUCAGUUACUGACGGUACAAUCAUUGUAAUGAAUCUUGUGGACCCAAGUUUAGCACCGGGUGUUCGAACUGUUGAACAGAGCGAAGAAUUGGCUGAAAAACUUAGUCAUCUGGUGUCGACAACUAAUGCGAAACUUUGGAAUUCUAUGUAUGAAAACGUUCGAGAACGUCCUCGAAUUGGUUUAUUUGAUUUGAAUGCUGCAGUACUUGAUGCCAUGAAACGUCUAAACAAAACAACUCCGUUUACACAUCAUCGGGAUCAAGUAACGACUCGUCAAGUCUAUUCAUAUGCUUAUCAUGACCUCUGGAAUCCAUCAACAUUUGUACACUACAGUGUUGCACUAAAAUUAGUUAACUUUUUGGAAGACCUGUGA